AUGCUAAUACUACUACUAACACUCAUCAUUUCAUUUGACCUACACCUUAAUACAGCCGCUACUGUUGCUAAAGAGGGAACAUUUACCUUCGAAGUGGCCAUAAACUAUCAAGGCGAACAUAUUUGUAGUGGUGCCAUCAUUUCGGAAUAUUUAAUUGUAACAACAGCGCACUCUAUCAAACAUAAACUCGCUCGCGAUUUAACAGUAACUACAGCUGAUCUCACACAUGAGGUAAAUCGCACUGAAAUACAUCCUUUUUUUGCAACAGCAACCAGAGAUUAUGAUGUAGCUCUCAUAACUCUUAUAAAACCUAUGCCUUUGGAUACUGUCAUCACUGUAAGCAAUAUUGAAGUAAUACCCAACAACUAUAUAAUAAAUGGUGCCAAAGAGGGUACCUUAGUUUAUUGGGAAACUUAUCCGUUGCAGAGAUUAAUGUAUAGCCAUGCCGAACUGUGGGCACAGGAUUCUUGUACCAGAAUUAUAAGUAAUGAUUUUGCCAAAAAUAUUGAUUUACUCAAAUAUAAUGAGGCAAAAUUUUGUGCUGCCAUAGAAAUGGGAUCGUGUGAAGGAGAUGAUGGCGGCUCUUUGAUUGUGGACGAUCAAUUGUUGGGUAUAGUGUCGUCAUCGGUUUCGUGUGAUAUGAACUUUAAGUUGUUGGUUUUUACUAAUUUAGCAUAUGUCAGAGAGUGGGUGGUUGAUGGUUAUUAA